GGUCGGAAGAGGUCACAUAAUGCAGCUGCAGGACGCCACGUUUGACACAGCUGGACAGUACGACUGUGAGGUGACUGUCCCGUCUCUUCCAGGCCUGCUGACCAGCGGUUCUGUCCAUAUCAUCGUACAGGGCGCACCUCAGAUGAAGGAUGCGGAUAGGGAGAUUGACCUGAUGGAAAAAGUAGGGGGUUGGGUAAAUUUGAGCUGUGAGGUGAGAGGUUACCCUAGACCCGCCAUCACCUGGAGCAUCACUGGCAGUCAGUCGCAAAGCUGGCAUGAGGUUGUUAAAAGAGAGACAGAGGAUCAAGUCCACAGCGUUGUGAU